AUAAAAUUCAAUUUUUUAUAAAGAUGGAUGAUGGCUAUGUGUAAGAGCUGUUUAAGCUAUUUCGAGAAUCAUAAUAUGUUCAACCUCCAAAAAAACCUAUUGGUGCUUAUGAAAGAUUUGCAGGGAAUUAUGAAUAGGCAUGCAAAGAUAAGAGUCUAAAUCACAAUUCUGAGUAGGCUAAAAGAUAAUGGGAAAACUUGGAAAAGGAACUUAAAGAUGGUACAAUUAUGUUAGAUGUUAGAAUAUUUUCGAUUAUCAAAGAAGGAUGAUGAACUCUAUGAAAAAUUGCUCCGCCAAUAUCAUUCCAUUUCUAGCCUCAUUAAGAAAAAGAAGGCUGACGGAUCAGUGUUGUUUUUCUAGGAAAAAGGAACAGAUAGAGGGUUAACUAAUCUUCAAUAAUUAUGGGAUGAGCUAAGUAUUGAGGAAAAGUAAAUCUAUGGAUAGAGGGCAUAAUAAAAUUGUGAGGACACGAUAAAGGUACCUUAUAUACAUAUCUACAUUCUCUAGGCCUCCAUUGAAGAUUAUAUUGCAGACUAUGAACAUUACUUGACUCAGUAGAAUGAAAAACCAAAAGACUUAAAAUUUAUACAAAAGAUAGAGGAGGAGCAAGAUGAAAUAGAUUAGAUCGAUAUCAUCAUUGGAAUUAAGCGUACCAAUGGAAAGAAGGAGUAUUUGGUCAGGUUUAAGGGUAAGACUGGUAAGGAUGCAAAAUGGUUCCCAAAAAAAAAAUUAAGAAAAGUGAAAGAAAUGGUUAAGGAAUUCGAAGAAACAUAUUUCAAAUAAUCAUUCUAAGAAGUUGAUUCAAGUAGUGGUUUUGAUUCAACUCCUCCUGAAUAAAUUUUCUAAGAAAACGAAAAAGAAGAUAAGUAAGUUAAAUAAAAUGAAUAAUAAGAUGAUGAAAAAAAUAAUGCUAAAGAUACAACCCAAGUAUAAAGAAAAAAAUUGACAUCUCAACCCAAAAAAUUAUAACCCUCGGAAAACAAGAACUAAUCUCACCCUCCAGAAUCUAGUAAACAAUCAAAAAGUUAAGCUAGACCCAAUAAAAACAAAGUGACUACUAAACCCUAAAACUAAUAAGUCAAAUAAGAUAAAUCAAAAAACUAAAAAUAAUAAUAAAGUCAAUCUUAAGUUGACUUAAAAUAAAUAAGUAAAUAAGCAUCAUUAGACAAAUCUAUAACAUCUGCUAAAGAGGUUUAAAAGUAAAAGGAUAAUGCUCUGAGUAAUUAAUAGGUUUUACAAAAGAGAACUGCCAAAACUCCUAAUUAGGAUGCUAAAUUAGAGAACCCUAUAAGUAAAAGAGUUAAGAAAUAAGUUGAUGAAAAAUCAGCAGAUAAACCUAAAAUAAAGACACCUUAAAAACAGCAAUCAAAAUAAGAUAAGUAAACUAAACAAAAAUAAGUAAAUCAAUCAUCUAUUUAACUCAAUUAAAAAAAAUAAGAACUACCUAUCACCAAAAGAUAGGGUAGAAGUAAAGACACUCUACAUUCUGAGGCACAACAAGCAUCAACUACAAAGUUAAAUCCUAAAACCCAAAAGUAAGAAAUCAAGGACAAUAAAUUGUCUAAGAAAUAACAGUAGGUUGUGGUUUAAUAAAAAAAUUUAAGUCGUUCUAAUCAAAGAUAAAAACAAGUAAGUUAAAUACAAUAAUCAAAAAAUGUAGAAAAAAAAUAAUAAUCUACAUAAUAAUCAGUGGUUUAGGCAAAAACCAGAAGUGUAAGUGUGCAAUCUAUUAAGUCAAAUCCUAAUCAAAUUUAAUAAUAAAAAAAAUAAAUUGUAAAUAAAAAAAAUCGAUCUCGAUCAGUCGAUGCUCCGAUUAGUGCUGCUCUGAAAGGCCCUUAAAAUAAAGUUACCAUGAGAAGCAGAAAUUCAACCAAAACAAAUGAGAGCAGUAAGAGUCUGAAGAAGGCUUCAACAAAAUCAAAUUAGUAAGUGAAAACAAGUUAAUAAAAAUAAUCAACUAAAGAAACACAAGUUCAAAAAGGAAAAUAAAAGGCUGUUAUAUCCAAUAAAAAUGUGACUAACCAAAAUAAGCAACCCACUUCUAGAAGGAGGGAGAGUGGAAAUACUGAAAUUAAGGAACCUCAUAAAAUCAACAAAAAAAUAUCAAAAAAAGGUAUAAAAAAUCAAAAAGAAAAAUUCACGAAGAAAAAGAAAAUAUCAGCAGAAUAAGCAAGUGCCUAAGAUAGAAGGUAAAAUUAAAAGCCCAUUCCUAAGGUUACUGUCAGAUAAACGAGGUAAUUGAGAAGUAAAAAGUCUUAAGACGUGGGAAGAAGAAAGCACUGAAUG